AUGGCCUUGCGCUCAGUUUUACUCCCAGGAAAGCCUCAGUCAAAUUUACAAGCUGUUUGCACGGUUGAAUGGGGGCGGAAAAGAAUAAUCGCGUACGUUUCCGGAUGCGCAUUGGUGUUACUUGGUAGUGUGGACCGGCUUAUACAAACAAUUUAUCACGAUGUGGAGGUGUUUGGGGUAGCUGUUGAUGAGAUUUCGGGGAAGAUUGCUACGGUUGCGAAGGGGGGGGUGUUUGUCUAUGCGCCAACGGGGGGUGAGGAGCGGUUCCUGAAUUGGGUUCUACAAAGCCGAAUAGAGAUAGGGGGAAACACCAACACCGGGCCAUCAACGGUAUCCUGGGGGGCGGAGGAAGAGCUGUUAGUCGGCAGUACCAGCCUUACACUCUGGAGCACACGACGCGCGCCCCCGAAAAAAAUCUGGGAAAAACUCCUCGCGAACCAAGUGCACAUCGGGGAAUUCAGCUACGACGCCUCUCUCAUCGCCUCAGUCGGGGAAUCAGACCGCCUGGUGAAGAUAUGGAGACGCCCAUCAACUUGCACCGGGGACGUCCAGUUCGACUUCUCAUACCUUCCGCACCCACGCGCUGUUACGAGGAUUCACUGGCGAAGACCGUUCAGUCGGGAACAGUCGGUCGAUAACGUCCUUUACACCAUCGCCGCGGACGGGGUCUUACGGGUCUGGGCGCCGGUGUAUCCACAUGAUUUACACCUUCUUCAGUUAUGGGCUGUCAUAGAUCUCCGAGAGUCCAUACCGGAUAGCCUGUGUGAUGAGAAGACUAUGGCGAGGAGGUCUGAUACUCGAUAUGUGAUGAUCGUGGACGGGUGCGUGUUUACGCAUGCUGUUGAGAGUGCGGUUUGUUCUGUGGGUGAGGAUGAGAGGGGGCAGAAAGUUUUCCAGAGACUUGUUGAGGUUGCGAAGCGAAGUCCGGAGAUCUGUGUGGUUUUUGACGGACGGGGAAGGAUGAGCGCUUGGGGAUUGGAGAAUGUGGGGUGCAGAGCUCGAAAGACUACUAAUGUCUUUAGUGUCAUGCAUGCUGAGAAUUCUGGGAUGGAGUUUGUGGCUAAGGGAGAACAGGAGGCGUUUGUACAGUUUCAUUGCUUUCCGGGGGGCGUAGGUUUAAUGGUUUUGGCGCAUGUGUUCGACGGAAGGGUAUUCUGGUAUGAAGCCAGAUUAGACCGAUUCUUAGAUCCUUCGCCCCGCCCGAGGAGAGCUAGCCUUUUGGGGGUAUUGGCUGGGCAUUCCGGGCCCAUUGAGACGCUCGUACGGACUGCGGAUGGGAAAUCCAUGCUGUCGUCGACUCACAAGAAUGAGCUUAUGGUCUGGUCGCAAUCGAAAGGGGAUAAUAUUGCGCUUUCAAAGCAGAGUUCCAUAUCACCUGCUAGUCGUGUGCAUAGAGCUGUAAUCCUUGAUAAUGGAAACUACGUGAUGACAUUACACGAUGGCCAUGUGGUAUUAUGGGACUCGACUCAAUCCGUAGCAAAAGAACUUGAACGGCUAGAUUUCAAAGUCAUUGGUGGGAAGAUGCUUUGCUUAUUACUAUUACCCGAAGCACAAGAUGGGCUAAAACAGUACCAUGUCGUUGCGUUGAGUUCGGAAAUGAAGGGAAUAGCAUGGGGCGUCACGCUACCCCAGAAACCUAGUGAGAUGGCGAAUGGAAUCAAUGAUAUUCGGCCAACGGUUCGCGAGUUUGCUACGUUUGCACUGGAUAUGAAGGAGGAUCUGUUAAUGAUUCUGCCCGUUGAUCCUGUGGGCUGGAAUGCAACAAUAUCAGGCACCUUAGACACCUUCUCUCGAGAGGUGGCCGUAACAGUGGACAAGUCAGGCCUCUUACAAUCAUGGACCGCAAAAGUAUCCCCAGACGAGUCGGGCCUUCGUUGGCUGGCGACUUCGACAGUUGAUACUAGUAUCGAAAACCCCUCUUUGGCGAAGGGGAACUCAAUACGAAAGAUAGCACUUGUCAAUUCUGGGCGCAGUGAAUUGACGAUCUGGGAUUCGAGGGCUGCGCAAUUGGAAUAUCAGCAACACUUCGAAAGCCAGGAUGUAAUACAAGACUUAGAUUGGACAUCUACUCCGGAUUCACAGUCGAUAUUAUCUGUCGGGUUCCCGCAUCGAGUACUAUUGAUGUGCCAGCUCCGAUACGAUUACUUGAGCGCUGGGCCAGCAUGGGCUUCUUUCCGACAGAUCAAUAUUCGGGAUAUCACUCCCCAUCCGAUCGGUGAUUCGCUAUGGCUGAGUAACGGCAGCCUGGUCAUCGGCGCCGGAAACCAACUUUUCAUCUAUUCAAGGAAGGUUGAAGAGUUAGACGAUCUCUCCAAAAAACUCCAGCUAUCUUCGCUCAAAGCACGGUUGGACGAUAUAUUUGAGAUAGUAUCUCAUCUUAAUGGCCCCGUUCCGGUUUAUCAUCCGCAGUUCUUGCAGCAGUGUAUUCUCGCUGGGAAGUCUGGGCUGGUAGAAGAGAUUCUGGUAAGGUUGCAUAAGGAAUUGAAGAACUUUCAUGAGGAGAUUCCCUUGGAUAAUUUUCUAGAGAUACCGAUUGAUACGUUUUUGGCUAGGGAAGAGGACUUGUCAACCGUAAAGAGAACUAGCAAGCUCACUGGCGGCUUCUUCAGCAGCUAUCGGGAAGAAGAGGAACUACUCUACUUUGACGAGCCACUAGCAAAGUCGCUUUGUAGCCUGCUGACCAAGAUACAUAUUCCGCACCUUACGGGCACAGAACAAAUCAACUUGGCAGGCAUCGUAGAAUGUGUAGCACAGGUCAAAGAGCAUCGUCGCUCAAUCGACGAGAACGGCGCCAGAUACCUCCUCUCCUUCCGCCAGCACGGCCUCCGCAGAGAACCCGCAGACAUGUCCUAUCGCGAAUUCGUCUGGGCCUUCCAUAGCGCUUCACAAGAGAUCUUAAUCGACCUAGUGAACAACAACGCCAAAGGAAAAAUGAUGUGGCCACAAGCCCGUGAGAGCGGGAUAUUCAUGUGGCUGCGAGACCCAGAAGCCAUACACAAACACUUCGAAGUCAUAGGUCGAAACCACUACACUAGCACCUUUGAGAAAAACCCCAUAGACUGCUCCCUACACUACCUUGCCCUCAAAAAGAAGAACGUCCUAAUAGGCCUCUGGCGCAUGGCAUCUUGGAACCGAGAACAAGCUUCCACCCAGCGCUUCCUAGCAAACAACUUCUCGGAUCCGCGGUGGAAAACCGCCGCCACGAAAAAUGCGUAUGCACUCAUGGGGAAGCAUCGAUUCGAAUACGCCGCAGCAUUCUUCCUACUAGCAGAUAGUCUCAAAGAUGCUGUAAACGUUUGCUUCGACCGCAUGAACGACAUGCAACUCGCCAUCGCCGUAGCAAGAGUCUACGAAGGCGACGAUGGUCCGGUCCUUCGCGCGCUGCUGGAAGACAGGAUCCUACCGCUCGCCGUGGAAAAGGGUAAUCGCUGGCUGGCGACGUGGGCGUUUUGGAUGCUCAGAAGGAAGGAUAUGGCCGUUCGGUGCUUACUCUCACCGCUACGAUCCCUAACAACCCAAGGCACUGACUCCCCAUCCACCCUGACUAAAAUCGAAGCAAGACUGUUCCUGGCAGACGAUCCAGCACUAGUAAUCCUCUACCGCCAGAUCCGCGAAAAAACACUGCAAACCCUCCGCGGCGUGGAAAAGAUUAGUCCGGGGGCGGAAUUCCAGUUUCUGUUACACACCGCCAGACUAUACGACCGUAUGGGCUGUGACCUACUCGCUUUAGAUUUAGUGCGCAACUGGGAAUUCCUAAGGACAAGCAAAGACGCGCACAAGCCACUUAUCCAAUUCAGUCCGCGGCAUCACUUCAGAAGGAGGAGUUCCAUAACAGUCGUGGAUGAACCCCCGCCUGGGGCGAGUAUAAAGCUGGGGAUUACGGGGAUUGGUGGUGGUGCGGGAGGGACUAUCAAGCCUCCUGUGGCAGUGUUUGAAGAGCCGAGCAUGGAUUGGGCUUUUUGA